AUGGUUUUUAGUUGUAAAGGAGAUGAACAACGAGGAAGGGGCUUAUUCAGACAGGCUUCAGAAAAAACAWCUUUUCUCGGCUCUAAUUUAAAUUAGAACACCAAAAGAGGCUUUAGCCUCGAAAGCAAACAUGGCUUCAACAACAGUCACUGUGUAUAGGAAUGGAGACCCAACAUAUCCUGGAAAAAAACUGGUCGUAAACCGAAGACAGAUACGAACCAUGGAUGCGUUGUUGGAUAAAGUCACCAAGGAUGUGAAGCUUAGAACUGCUGCUAGGACUAUAAAAACGCCUACUGGAGGACAUACUAUUACCAAGCUAGAUAGUAUAGAGCCAGGUGGCUGUUAUGUCGCUGUUGGGCCAGAGAGUUUCAAGAGACUGCCGUACACUGAAAUCAAGGUUCAAGCUAAGUUCAAUCCAAAGAAAGAUGUCGAGAUUACUCCCGUUAAGCACAGUAGACUUCAGAUGUCGGCUAGAGCAAGGAAAGUAGCAGAUGCUGAGCCAAGUACACACAAGAUCAUAUUUGUUUAUCGCAAUGGAGAUGAUCUGUAUCCAUCUUGUAAGAUGCUUCUUGACAAAAGAGCCCUAACUAGCAUGGAUAAUGUCUUGAAAAUUGUUACAAGUAAAGUUCAUCUACAAAGUGGAGCAGUGUUCUGGUUGUUUACCAUGGAAGGUAGGGAGAUCAAAGAGCCUUCAGAGCUUGAGAAUGGUGGUCAGUAUGUUGCUGUUGGACAUGGAAAAAAAUUUAAAAGGGUUGCUUAUAAUGACCAAGGAAGUUCRCUCACUCCAAGAAGCAAAGCUGCUAGUAAGAACCWGUAUAAAGUACCACAAGUCAACAGAGCAAAACAUAAUAGGAGUACAAGUAAGAACACACAUCCACAAACGAACAAGACAUUGCAACGAAAAUCCUCAACAGGAGGCAGUAGUAGUAAGGCAAGCUCAGUUCUUUCUCCACGCGAGAAUUAUCCUGGAAAACAAGAACAACCAAUCAAAGAAGAGGUACAGGAAAAGUAUAUACGAACGCCACCGCUAGAAGAACCGAUUGAGGAAGAAACACAAGAAGAAUUCAUCAGCCAACCACCGGUGGAAGAGCUCAGCAGUCAGUCACCAACAGAUGAGGUUUAUAAAGCAAGCGGUAAAGAACAAGUGAAGGCCAAAGAAGUACAGGACGAUAAAGAUGUGAAAGAAGACAAACCAAUCGAUCAAAUGCCUGCAGAAGAAGUCGAAGAAGAAGACAUCGAAGAAGUAAACGAGACAGAAAAUAACGACAAUAAUGAUGAUGGACAAAAAGAAGACGGAGAAAAACCCGAGGACGACUAAUGAAUCCAUUCGCACAUCGUUCAUCCAGGUUACACUGUGACAAUCGAUAUCCUCCCUACCAUGUCCUGUCGUUCUCGUUCUGACAACACACAGUUGUAUAUAAAUUUGAUGUCAUGAGGAGAGUAAAAAUCAAGUUUCCCU